AUGAUCUUCAACCGCGCUGCUUUCUAUGCUAUGAUUCUUGCUGUUGCCUACGCUGCUCCUAUCGCAGAAGCCGAGGCUGAGCCACUGCCUGAGGCCAACGCUUUGCCAGGCUGGGGUUGGCACAGAGUGAACAGAAACGAGGUGAUUUUCAAGAGAGAGGCGUCGCCAGACGCUGAGGCCGAAGCUGGUUGGGGCUGGCACAGAGUGUCUCGCAAUGAGGUGAUCUUUAAGAGAGAAGCCGAGUCCAGCUGA